CACAACAGCAAAUUGUGUCACUGAUUCACUCACAGCCGCAGAUGCAGCAACAGUUGGGUUUGCAACAACAGCCAAAUCCACUACAACGUGAAAUGAGGCUUCAACCAUCAGGUCAAAAUGUAAUUGAUCAGCAAAAGCAGUUAUAUCAACCACAGAGACCUCUUCUAGAGACAUCAUCAACAUCUGUCGAUUCAGCUGCAACUGGACAUGCGAGUGGAGUUGAUUGGCAAGAAGAGGUUUACCAGAAGAUCAAAACAAUGAAGGAACUGUACUUACCUGAACUUCAUGAAUUGUAUCAGAAAAUUGCUGGCAAAUUACAGCAGGUAAAAUCUAUGUCUCCUAAGGCAUUGAGUGCUUCUGUCAGGGACAUUGGCUCUGUUGUCAGCAUGGUUGAUAGGUUUGCAGGAUCAGCUCCCGGUAAUGGAUCUAGAGCUGCAGAUGGUGAGGAUUUAGUUGCUAUGACAAACUGUCGUUUACAAGUAAGAAAUUUCAUGAGCCACGACAGAACUAACAGAACAAGGAAAAUGAAGCGUUACACUAGUGCCAUUCCCUUAAAUGUCGUAUCAUCAACCAGUAGUAUUAAUGAUUCGGAAAUAUCAGACCUAGAGUCAACUGCAACAUCUGAAACUUAUACCUGUGAAGUGACUAUGGUGAUCUUGUUGCAUGAAAUUCAUGCUCUUAAAGACGAAAUUAGGGAAAUAAAUCAGCGUCUUAUUGACACUGUUAUUGAUAUUAGUGAGGAAUCAAGUGUUGUAGCAGCUGCUGCUGAAGGAGAUGAAGGGACCAUUGUCAAGUGCUCUUUUAGCGCCGUGGCACUCAGUCACCAUAAUUGCUUAAUAUGGUUUUUUUUUCUGGGUUAUUGA